AAACCGUUUGUCGAGUCAUUCAUCUGAAUGUCGACAAGUGAAAUAUCGCAUUUGCUUCGAAAGCUUCUGCGUGAGCUGCCGGAAUCCAGAGGUAACCCAGUUAGCAUCGCUAGCAGUGUUAAUACAGGACAAAAAGCUGACACGCUAACGACAGCCUCGGGUAAAGCUAGCGUCCAGAGAUAGCACCCCGGGAGAAAAUAACUCAAAAUACGGGUUAGCGUGGCUGGUCAGCGGCGCUAGACUGUAGGUUAAAGUCCCCGUCGGCGCGGAGAUGUCUCCCGCUUCGCGAAUGACUGAGCGCCGGCGGAGUAUGGGAUCCUUGGUGUCUUAAGAAGCGACUGAAGUGGGCUUUAACCGUUUUUGCAUGCAAAAACAAUGGCAAAUUCGACGGGGAAAAAUCUACUAGAUCAGCGGAGGAAAGGACAGGCUUUCCUGGACGAGCUGCGGCAAUUCCACCAGAGCAGAGGAUCGCCGUUCAAGAAGAUUCCUAUCGUGGGUGGGAAAGAGCUGGACCUGAAUGCUCUCUAUGUCAGAGUCGUCGCUUUAGGUGGAUUUGCUAAGGUCUCUGACAAAAACCAAUGGAUUGAACUCGGGGACGACUUUAACUUCCCCAGGAGCUGCUCCAAUGCUGCAUUCGCUUUAAAACAGUACUACCUUCGAUACUUGGAGAAGUAUGAGAAAGUCCACCACUUCGGCGAGGAUGAUGAAGAAGCGCAGCCGGGGAAUCCCAAAACCUCUCUUCCAAUCGGUGCAAUUCCCAACUCUUACAACUACCAGCAACACGUUGUAUCAGACUAUCUCCGCCAAAGCUAUGGACUGUCUACGGAUUUCGUUCCACCGUGUGACUAUAACAAACUGGUGCUGUCACUCCUUUCGGGCCUACCCAACGAAGUGGACUUUGCUGUUAACGUUUGCACGCUGCUUUCCAACGAGAGCAAGCACUCCAUGCAGCUGGACAAGGACCCCAAACUGGUCACGUUGCUGCUGGCCCACGCCGGCGUCUUCGACGACUCGUUAGGCAGCUUCUCCGGGGUGUUCGGGAUAGACUGGAAGGAGAAAACCUCCCGGGACUUUAUCAGGUUCUGGAAGGAGGUGGUGGAGGACAGGGAAGUCAGGGAGCUGAUCUGGGACAAGAGCAGUCAACCGCAAGAUGGUACGUCGUGUGUCGGGCGCUGGGAGAGCCUCUUCCACCCGCCGCGGCGGGCGGGCAUCAACGACAUGGAGGCCCAGCGGGUGCUGCAGAUUGCCGUUAUCCUGCGAAACCUGUCCUUCGAGGAAACCAACGUCAAGCUGCUAGCGGCCAACCGAACGUGCCUGCGCUUCCUUUUGCUCUGUGCCCACUGUAACCUCAUCUCACUCCGACAGCUCGGACUGGACACGUUGGGCAACGUGGCUGCCGAGCUCCAGCUGGAUCCCGUUGACUUUCGGACGACUCACCUGAUCUUUCACACCAUCACCAAAUGCUUGAUGUCCAGGGACAGGUUCCUCAAAAUGAGAGCCAUGGAGAUCCUGGGCAACCUCAGCAAGGCAGAGGACAACGGGGUGCUAAUCUGCGAGUAUGUGGACCAGGACUCGUACAGGGAGGUAAUCAUGCUCCUCACCCUGCCUGACCUCAUGCUCCUCAUGGCCUCCUUGGAGGUGCUAUACCUGCUGGCCCAGCUCGGAGAGAUUCCCUGCAGCAAGAUCGCCUGCGUCGACCACAGCAUAGACCUGUUAGUGCGCUUGGUAUCGGUUGACCUUCACACGUUUGGACCUGACGCCCUAACAGCGGUGCGGCUGAUCGAGCAUCAGGCCAGCGCUGACCAGGCAGCCGAGGUGCGACCACAGCUGGUAGAGCAGGUACCUGCCCCUGUGCAGGGAACACCAGCACCUGUAACGAGGGUCCCAGUUCAAUCCACUCAACCACCAUCUGGUAUCGUUGAACUAGACGGGGAGAAAUUCAUACUGCAGUGGCUAAACGCACACUUCGAGACAAACUCUGAGGGCUCCGUGUCUCGGUCAGAAAUGUACUCGGAGUACCUGGCCACGUGCAGUAAAAUGGGACGAAGCAACAUCUUGAACUCCACCGGCUUCCUCAAAUGUCUGCGGACUGUGUUCCCCAACCACACGAUGCGGCGGCAGGAUGAGUCCAAGACCAACGGCCAGGUUCACAUCCUCCUGGUGGGGCUAAGGCGACGGUCAAUCCCCCUGCCCAUCCAGCUGUACUACCAGCAGUCUCCGCAGCAGCAGCAUCCGGCAGCAGUUUCUCCAGCACCUGGAGACCCUCAGGCCCCAACAUCAGGCUUAAGUUCCGGACUCAUUGUUGGACCGACGUUUGUCCGGGCCCUAGGACCCAAACUCAGCACUGCGGUUGCCGCCCCCUCCAUGGCCUUGACCGCACAGGAACCUCCCCAUUCAAGCCACCCGACUGUUUCUCGCCACCUGGUUUCCCCACAGGUGGCUCCAAAUGCUCUGGCAAUGGGGCAACAGCAGAUCCGACCUGGUCCACUGGUCCAGAUUCCCAUGUCGGUACAAGCCACUCAGAACCACAGCCCCCAGAGUCCACAGCAACACUCCCCCAUGCUCCCCACCGGGACGCCAGUCACGUUAUUUCAGCAGGUACCACAGGGCCAUAUCCUCACCACCAGGGUACAAAAUGUGUGCCCUCCAAUCGCCCAGCAUCCUUCCCUGCCACAACCCUCUCCCCUUGGUGGAGCUUCCCCGAUGGAGACUGCAUCAACGCCCUCCUCUUCCAUUCAGGUGGGGGCUGGACAGGCGUCACGUGUCGCAUUUCAGAAUAUCGCACCCAAACCAGCGCCAAACCAGUCAGGUGGACAUGCAGCCACGAUAGCGUCUCCCAACCAGCAGCAGGCGCAGAGCGUAGUAAUAGUCGGCCCCAACCCCCAACAGAGCCCUGGCUACAACCCCGCCAUACACCAGAUUGUUCUUGCCAACCCCUCCGCCAUUCCCGUUGCCCAGACUAUCCAGAUAGCAGGGCAGCCCGGAGCUGCUUCCAGCCCCUGCCCACCCAUUUCCUCUCACUCCAGCACCCAGUCCAAUCAAACUGUCAGCCAAGCACUGUCCAUGAAACGGCAUCAACAACAGCAACCGCUCCAAAUUAUUUCCCAAGCUCCACCCUCUCAACCUACCUCCACUGAGUCCAGCUUGAUCAAACAGCUGCUGCUUCCAAAGCGAGGGCCUUCUACGCCGGGAGGAAAGCUCAUCCUACCGGCUCCGCAGGUGCCCCCUCCCAACAGCAUGAUGGCCUCAAGUCCACAGGUCAUCUACCAGACAGGCUACAGCACCCAGAACCCCUCUCCUCAGCCUCAGCAGCUCAAUGUCCAGCUGGUUCCUGGCCAGCUCCCUGCUACAGGAGCUCCAGCCCUCCAGACGGUUCAGCUCUUGCCAGGCCAGCUUAUUUCCACGAGUAGCCCAGGGGCGGCUACCAUCAUCCAGGGCCCCACGGCAUCUGGACAAGUCACAUUCACCGUGGUCCCCAACACUGGCUUCACCACCUCUGCUGCUGUCGCUGCUGUGGCUCCCGUCGUUUCCCCUCCUCAAUUCUCCACUGGAACUGUGCCCCACCACAGCCCAGCAGCUCCCCCGACACCACCGCCACUGCCAGCUCCCCUCAGAGGAGAUAAGAUUAUUUGUCAAAAGGAGGAGGAGGCCAAGGAUGCCACGGGGCUUCACAUUCACGAAAGGAAGAUAGAGGUGAUGGAGAACUCCUCCUUGGCGGAAGGAGACUCUUCCAAUGGCAAAACCAGUAAUGGCGAUGUUGCGGCAGGCGGGAAGCUGGUUAAUGGUCGGAGGUGCAUGGAGUCUGAUCUACCUCCAUACCACUCAGGGAACAGCCAGGGGUCGCUCAAUGGCCCGGCAGUGGAGAGUCACCCUGCGAAUGGGAAGCAGGCCCUCUCCCCCGGCCUGAACAGCCCUUUGGAGGGCAACACCGACCCCAAAAAGACUCUUCUCAACGGAGUGUGUGACUUUGAUCGGGUUGACAGUGCUGGCAACUUAAACAAAAACAUUCCAAAUCACAUCGCUUCCAAACAGUACUUGGGGAACGGGGAGGUGGGCCCCUCUGAAAAGAGUCAUGGCCCUGACCCUCCUCUCCCAAGUCCUCCUCUCCCCCAGCAGGACACUGCCAAAGCCCAGCAGGCUGAGCGCCUUGCUAAUGGACCCCAGGCGGUAGGCAAUAGGCUUCCCUCGGAAUUAACCAAUGGACCUUUGAUGCUCGGCCACUCUGUGCUCAGACAGCAACUGCACCCCAACUCCUCCCUCCCCCCCACUGUCACUGUUACCUCCCAGAGUCUUGCUGCCUCUCCCUCAAAUGGAGUGGCCUCUGAGGCUCGAGGCCUCAAGAGGCCAGCCGAGAGCGAGGACCGCAGCGCAGCGGCAGCAUCCUCGGGGAUCCCCAAUAAAGUGGGAGUGCGGAUCAUCACCAUCACUGACCCCAACAACGCCGGCAGCAGUGCCACCAUGGUGGCGGUGCCAGCAGGAACAGACCCAAGCACAGUAGCCAAAGUAGCAAUAGAGAAGGCCUCUCAGCAGAGGAACUGCUCAGCGAUGGAGGCAGCUGGCUCGACGCUGACCGGCACCCAAUCCCCGCCCCCUGUAUCCCAGCCUGCACCAGCGGGUCACCACAACCCUCACCUCCCAGCACAGCAAACCUCUGCAGCACCGCCAGAGCAAAGCAGGAAACCAGGGCAGAACUUCAAGUGUCUGUGGCAGUCCUGUAAACGGUGGUUUGAGACGCCGUCUCAGGUGUUUUACCACGCGGCAAUGCAACACGGUGGAAAGGAAGUGUAUGGAGGCCAGUGUCUGUGGGAGGGAUGUGAACCUUUUCCUCGGCAGAGACUGUCCUUCGUCACGCAUCUACAAGAUAAGCACUGUUCUCGAGAGGCUCUGUUGGCUGGACUCAAGUUAGAAGAGCAACAGGCACAAAGUCCCAAUCAGACUUCUUCCCAGACUCCACCAGUGGCAGGCAGUCCUCCGGCACAGCGAGCGCCGAAAGCGAUCGU